AUGAGGAUCCUCUGUGGAUUCUCCACUCUGGUUGUGUUACCCACGGGAACGGGAAAAUCCCUGUGUUACCAACUCCCGGCUCUCCUGUUCCACCGGCACCGCCGAGCCCUGACCCUCGUCGUGUCCCCACUCGUGUCCCUCAUGGAUGACCAGGUUUCUGGACUCCCGCGGUGCCUCAAGGCCGUCUGUGUCCACUCCAACAUGUCCCGAUCCCAGCGGGAAUCCGUCAUGGAAAAGGUCCGUGCCGGGAAGGUGCAGGUGCUGCUCCUGUCUCCGGAAGCUCUGGUGGGCUCGGGAUUGGGCUCGGGAUUCCUGCCGGGCCGGGAUCAGCUCCCACCCGUGGCCUUCGCCUGCCUGGAUGAGGCUCAUUGUGUGUCCCAGUGGUCCCACAACUUCCGGCCGGCCUACCUACGGAUCUGCAAGGUUCUCCGGGAGCGUUGGGGAGUCCGGUGCUUCCUGGGCCUGACGGCCACGGCCACGGCGGCCACGGCGCGGGAUGUGGCGGAACAUUUGGGAAUUCCACCGGAACAAGGGAUCCCGGAGCGUUCGGCGGCCGUGCCGGAAAACCUGCGGCUCUCCGUGUCCAUGGACACAGACCGGGAUUGGGCCCUGCUGUCCCUGCUCCGGGGGGAGCGUUUCGGUUCCCUGGAUUCCAUCCUGGUUUAUUGCACGCGCCGGGAGGACACGGAGAGAGUGGCCGCCCUCAUCCGAACCCAAAUCCCAGGAAUUCCCAACCGGAACAGCGGGAAAG